AUGUCUGGUAAAAAUUUAUGGACUCGUGGAGAAUUAUCACCAAUUUAUGGGGGAGAUGACAUGAAAGAAUCUAGACCAGAUACAACAGGAAGCCAUGGACAAGCUGAACUUGACUUUUACAACAAAGUAGUGGCCGUGCUCUUUAAUCUACCUGAUUUUCUAUUUGUAUCGUCGUAUCUACUACUGGUUCUUGUAUGGGCUGAAGCUUUUCAGUCGUCACGUCGUCAUUGGUUUUCUGCAGCUGUUUUUAGACGUAAAUGGAUGAUCUUUUAUUUGGUCUUUAACGGAGGCCUGUACUUGACUCAGCUUGUGCUGUAUGCGAGUCUGUUCCUCUACGACACGAAUGGGAUUUUUGAAGAUGAAAAGGCAGAUCGGCUUAGUGUUAUUCCAGCGACGAUCUUUUACUUGGUCGCGACUGCAGACUUGUUUCUUCCAAUCAUUAUAUUCUCCACGUGGUUGUAUUUGACGCUAUCACUAUCGGGAUUUCCAUUCAAAUCGCAAUCGGCAGAGCUUCGUCUUCGGUUGGUUGGCCGUUUAGUCAUAGCUUGGAGCUUCGGGCGUGUCCUUUACAGUGUCAUGACGCUUCUUACGUUUACUAAGGGAUGGUUUAAUGUGCACCAUGAAAAUGCGUCGGCACAGGCAAUGCUCCUCGUCAUAGUAUUUUUUGCCGCAGAGCUUAUCCCCAUUUAUUUAACGCUGGACAAGCGCUUACUUGCAAUGCUCUCUGUCGAAAACUAUGAACCGCUACUAGAGAGCUCUGGGAUUCAUCGUUAUCGUGAAAAGCUACGACGCAUAUUGAGCAGCUACAGCACUUUGAAGUCCAACGUUGUACAGAACGUCAUGUACUUGACAUUUUUCAUACAUUGGAUACUAUCGCGGCUAUAUAAUAUGGUAAAUCCAGGCGUAUCUAAAACGAUCUUUGAACAUCAACCCAAAAGGCUAAAACAUGACCAAAGCUGUACAAGAGCGUCAACCAGCUCUUCUAACGCUACACUCCAGUGA